AUGUACUCGCUUAUUGUGCUAGCAUCAUUAUUAAUCGGAUCCGAUGCCCUAUUCGGUUUCGGUUUUGAGCAGACUGUCUCUGUUCGAGGACGUCUGAUGUGCAAUGGUCGACCAGCACAAGGAGUCAUUGUGAAAAUGUAUGACAAAGAUCUUCUCUUUGAUUCAAAGAUGGGUGAAACGAUUACGGAUAGCGAUGGUUUUUUCAGUCUUGUCGGACAUGGUCAUGAAAUCACUGAUGUUGAUGCAAAAGUUAACUUUUACCACAACUGUGAGAGCAGCGUGUUGAGGUGCAAGAGGAAAUUCUCCAUCUUUAUCCCCGAUAAAUAUAUCACUCGAGGAAGUCACCCCAGCAUGACAUACGAUUUUCAUCAGAUGGAAUUGGCCGGAAGAUACCCCGACGAGAGCCACGAUUGCUUACACAGACGGAGA